AUGGUCGUCACGUAUUUUAGGGGAGCCGUCACUGAAAAUGACCACAAAAUACCUAAAGGAUUAAUGGCCGUCGUUGGCCUCUCCAAUGAUGAGGCCAUCAAGUUGUGUCCAAACGGUGUGUUUGUUCCUAUGACUGAAGCCAUUAAGAAAUAUAUACCAAACCCGAGACUUCGGUCCCGGAAAUGGGUGUCCACUUCACUCAUGACUACCGAUCCCAACAAUGAGAUCUUGAAAUAUGCUUCGGCCGAGUAUUUCGUAUACAAUCUCCUAAAUCCGGUCCAGUUUUACGACCGAUUAAAAGAAUUACCUUCAAAUGCACUUGUCUUAGAAUUGGGUCCGCAUUCAGUGUUUGGCAAAAUAGUGACCGAAACUCUCGACAAAUACGAGUUCUGUGUCUUAGAGAACGAUAACGUGUGUGUUGUGGGGAAAGUGCGGACUCCGGAUGACGAGGUGUUACUCACGCCUAACGCUAUACUUGAAAGACAGAAACUGAUGAUCAGUACUCAGUACUCACUGGACAGGAAAGACAUCUAUAAAGAGUUGGGAGUCCUGGGUCUUGACUACGGACCAUACUUUCAACGCCUUAAACAAAUUCAGACCAACAAUUUCCGUGAGAUUUAUGGCAUCAAUGAAUGGGACGGAAAUUUUGUCACAUAUUUGGACGCAAUGUUACAAUCGAUGGCAUUUUCUAAUCCUUUUCGUAUACUAAUGGUUCCGGUGAUGAUCCGUUCAGUUAGAGUUGACCCGAGAGUACUCUUUAGCGCUCUAAAACAAAACCAAAUGCCUAUAUAUUUCAAUAGACAAUCCAACCGAUUAAUCGCACACGGCCUGGAAGUGGAGGGACUUAUUACUCAUCCCAUACAGCGUCGCACAGAAGGUCGUAUUCCACUUCGAGUGGAAGAAAUAUAUUCCGAUUGUGUUCUGGGCUUUGAAUACGUGGGCCGUAGUGCUGACACCGGGAUACGGGUUAUGGGUAUGGAGUUGGGUCGUACGAUUGCCAAUUCUGUUAAUGCUAUCGAUAAAUAUAUGACUAACAUUCCCGAGCACUGGUCAAUGGCAGAGGCGGUGACUGUGUUGAGCACAUAUAGUACUGUUCACUACGGGCUCAUCAAAAAAGCUUAUAUAAAAAAAGGCGAAACUAUUCUAAUACACUCUGCAGCGGGAGGUGUGGGUCAGGCGGCUAUCAAUGUGUGUAAACACUAUGAAUGCGAUAUCUAUGCGACGGUCGGCUCCGAAGAGAAAAAACAGUUUUUAAUUAAUGAAUACAAUAUUUCGGAGAAUAAGAUAUUCAACUCAAGAGAUAUACUUUUCAAGAAUCAGAUAAUGGAUGCGACAGAAGGAAAGGGAGUCGACGUUGUUUUAAAUUCAUUGGUCGGAGAGAAACUAAACGCAGGUUUUGAAUGUCUUGCGAUUAGCGGACGUUUCGUAGAGAUCGGAAAGUAUGACAUGUUUCAAAAUAAACAAUUGGGAAUGUAUGGCUUUGUUGGUGAUAUUCAAUUCAUUGGUGUUGCGAUUGAUGCUGUUAUGAUGUAUGAUCAUGGUUAUUUACCAGAGUUUUAUAAAUGGAUGCACAAGAACUCGAUGAAUGGUUGCGUAAAACCAUUGGUUUACACAUGCUUUGUUGCAAAAGACGCGGAGAAAGCUUUCCAAUACAUGACAACCGGUAAACAUAUUGGAAAGAUUGUCAUUAAAAUGAGAGACGAAGAGAAUGAGAGAAAGUCAGUUGUGGAUAUAAAAUCGGUUCCCAAUUGUGUGGUAACCGUUAAGACAUACUUUGACGCAAACAAAGUUUAUAUAAUAACCGGAGGUUUGGGUGGUUUUGGUCUGGAAUUGAUUACAUGGAUGCAAUCAUUGGGAGCACGAAAAUUUGUGGUCACUUCCAGGUCUGGCCUUAAGACUGAUUAUCAGAUAUUUAUUUACAAUCGACUUAACAGUAUGUGGAAAGAAUAUAAGUUUUUUAAGUCUCAAUUUAUUGUCUCGACUGCUAAUGGAUUGACAAUCGAAGGCACAAAACAACUGUUAAAUGAGGCCAAAGAGUUGGCACCCAUUGGAGGUAUAUUUCAUUUGGCGCUUGAAUUGAAUGAUUGUUUAGUGGAAAAGCUAUCGUUUGAAAAGUUUUGUUCAUCUAUUGAUACAAAACACAAGAUCUUCACAAAUUUGGAUCAACUGACCCGACAAUUGGACUAUAAAUUAGAUUAUUUUGUGGUAUUUUCGUCUAUCACUUGUGGUAAAGGAAACGCCGGGCAAUCGAACUAUGCGUUCGGAAACUCCAUGUGUGAGCGUAUAUGUGAAGAGAGGCGUAGGGAUGGUCUGCACGGACUCGCAAUACAAUACGGACCCAUCGGUGAUGUGGGAGUGCUUGAAGGCAGCGAUCAGUGGAUGGAAUUCACAACAAUGCGAAAGCAAAGAAUAAACUCGUGUUGCGAUGUUUUGGACAAAUUGUUGGCAAUUAAACAACCAAUUGUCACGUCAUAUGUAAAAAAGGAAACAACAAAAGGAGAUUUAAUCGACAAUCGUAGCAAACAUAUUGCAAACAAAUUUUGGCGAUCAUUAGGCAUCGAUCCCAACACAACCCCUAAUGAUCUAACUCUCGGCGAAAUAGGCAUUGAAUCCAUGUUUGCCGUGGAGUUGCAGCAGGAAAUGGAGAGGGAAUGGAAUCAAAGUUUUGCGUUAAAUGCUAUAAAAAGUAUAACGGUUAAAAUGAUGAAAGACUAUGCGGCUGGAAAUAUGGUUGACAUUAAAAAGCAUAUAGAUAAUAUUAAGAAAGCCAAGGAGCGUUUUUUAACAACUAAAUUUGUUAUUCCCAGCGAAACACACGUACGGCUAAAUAAUGUUUGCAAUGGAGUGCCCGUGUAUGUCAUGCCACCCAUAAUGGUUAAUUUUUCUGAUUGUGAGAAAUUUGCCAAAACGAUUGAUAGACCAGUGAUUGGUAUCAAUUGGACCCGGGAGUUAAGCAAAAUGAACACGAUUAAAGACAUCAACAAAUACUAUUUACAGCUACUGAAAAGACUUGAGCCAAGCGGUCUAUACGAUGUAGUGGGAUAUUUCGAUACCGCAAUUGCAUGCGUUAAACUAGUGUUAAAAGACUUUGCGGGCAAAGGACUGGUGACCACAGAUAUGGAGGAGAUUUUGCACACAAUGAUAGACAGAAUUCGAUGCGGACGAAUAUGCGGAAAUGUUACGUGA